CGCGAUGACGUCACCGCGCGCAGACUGUGAUGGCGGACGUAACCGAGAUAGACACGAUGAAGCACUUCCACGGCGGUUUCGAGAAAAUCGACAGAGAGAUGAGCCGUUAUCCGCACUGCAUCGUCUGGACUCCCAUCCCGGUUCUGACGUGGUUCCUGCCCUUCAUUGGUCACAUGGGCAUCUGCACUUCCGCCGGUGUGAUCAGAGACUUUGCAGGGCCUUAUUUCGUAUCAGAGGACAACAUGGCGUUUGGAAAGCCAACAAAGUUCUGGAAGCUGGAUAGGAAUAAAGUGUACGGCGGCGGAGCAAACGCCUGGGAUUUGGCCGUGCACGAGGCGUCCGAGGAGUACAAAACCAGGAUGCACAAUCUGUGUUGUGAUAACUGUCACUCUCAUGUGGCCAUGGCUCUGAACCUCAUGCGCUAUAAUAACAGCUCCUCCUGGAACAUGGUCGAGCUCUGCGUACUGUCCUUCAUCCACAGCAAACACGUCAGCUUCGUGGGGUUUCUGAAGACCUGGCUGCCUUUCCUGAUGAUUUGUGGGAUCAUAGUCACCAUCGCCCUUGCCAUCAACCUGCGAUGACUGAGGCUUCAACACUGAGAGAGAUGCUGUUUACAUCGAAUGCGUCUCAAUACAGAGACCUCUGCAUCUAGUGACACCGAGACACGCAGACUAUCAGCACCAUGGUAAAUAAGUGAAUUACAGGGACUUUUUCCAGUACUGCUUUCAUUGCAUUUGAUGUAUUUGUAAUAUAAUCAUAUCACAUACAUGGAUGGGGCUAAAUGAAACAUGGCAGCAAUUUCCUGUCAAAAUGGUUUUCCAUAAUUUUUCCUAGAACUGCUUGCAUUGAAGUCAGUUUUCAUCAGUUAUCCAGGAUGUUCAGGCGUGUAUUGUUUUAUAUUCAUGGGAGACUGUAAAUUUGCUUAUUCCUUAAGAUUUUUUAUGUUUACAUCUUCAUUUAUAUUAUAUGACCAAAUAAAAAAGUG